AUGUUCAUAGAAGGAUUCAUUGUUCUUUCUUUCCUAGAAAUCAAGAAAGCUGAUGAUCAUCUGCAGCAGCACUUGGAAAACCAAAUGCUGAAGAGGAUGGAACAAUGCUAUGAACAUAGAAGCACUUUAAAGUCUUACUUAGGUUUAAGCAACCAGAGCAGAAGAUGCAACAUGAAAGAGCCUGCUGAGUUUAAUGGAGACCGGAGAGCCUUUUUCCAUGACAAUCAUGAACACAGUCGUACUAAAACUGAAUUCCGUGAAAGUAGAAAACCCAUCAGCACUAAGUCACGAUUCCUUAAACAUCAGCAAACACACAAUGUAGAGAAAGCCCAUGAAUGUACUGAAUGUGGGAAAGCUUUUCUCAAGAAGUCUCAGCUCACUGGACGUAAGAGAAUUCAUACAGGAAAGAAACCCCAUGGAUGUGGUGUCUGUGGGAAAACCUUCUACAAGAAGUUCAGGCUCACUGAACAUCAGAGAACUCACAAAGGGGAGAAAGCCCAUCAGUGCAGUGAAUGUGGGAAAGCCUUCCCUAGGAAAUCUCAGCUUACUGAACAUAAGAUGACUCACACAGGAAAUAAGUCCCAUCAAUGCAGUGUUGAAUGUGGGAAAGGUUUCUCCAGAAAAUCACAGCUUAUCGUACAUCAGCAGACUCAUACAGGAGAGAAACCCUAUAUAUGCAGUGAAUGUGGGAAAGGCUUCAUUCAGAAGGGCAAUCUUAUCAUACACCAACAAACUCACACUGGAGAGAAACCCUAUGGAUGCACUGAAUGUGGUAAGGCCUUCAGCCAGAAGGCCUGCCUCGUAGCACAUCAGAGAUACCAUACAGGAAAGACUCCCUUUGUACAUACUGAAUGUGGACAACCCUGUUCACAGAAGUCGGGACUCAUUAGGCAUCAAAGAAUUCACUCAGGAGAGAAACCCUAUAAAUGCAGUGACUGUGGGAAAGCUUUCUUUACAAAGACAAUGCUCACUGUACAUUACGGAACUCAUACAGGGAGGCCCUAUGGAUGUGAUGAGUGUGAGAAAGCUUAUGCCUAUGUGUCCUGCCCUGUUAAACAUAAAAGAAUACACACAAGGGAGAAACGUGGAGAUUCAGUGAAAGUAGACAGUCCUUCCACAGUGAGUCGUAGCUUGUUAGGUACGAGUGAACUCAGGCAGGGGGAAAGCCCUGCUAAUGUGGUGGCUGUGCAGAUACCUUCUAUGGCCCCUCAGACCUCACUGAACACCAGUGGGCUCGUAGAAAACAGGAACAUACUCCUCAUGGGACAGCCAGUUGCCAGAUGUGCACUCUCAGGAGAUAAUCAAGGAUUUGCACAGGAGAGAAACCUUACAAAUGCAGUGAAUACGGUCAUGCUGCCACCUUCCCAGGUCAGGGGGGAAAAGGGGACUUCGCCUGCCGUACGGCGUAAAGUUGGGAAAUGGCUGCUCCCAGCAAACACCGUUGCCCGGGCGCAGACCUAUUGCGUCAUAAAGGGACCCGGGAACGCCGGAUUCCGGGUCGCCGGAAAGAAGUUUUCUGGCCCUCGCCGGCCGCCGUCCCCGGAGCUUCCGCGAGUCCUGUCUGCGGCGUGA